AUGCUUCACCCGAUAGUCAGACGCGCCGCGGUGCAGGCCUCGCGCAGCAGCGCUCCGUCGCGGAGAUUUCUCACCACCGCACCUCCGCAUCAGAAGUCACGAAGCUGGAAGAACUCGGCUGUGAGAUGGACACUGGCCGGUGCCCUGGUCUACUACUACAACACCAGCAAUAUCGAGUCAGAGACUCUUCCCACCCUCGAUGCAGUGACGGCGAAACGCCACGCCCUCCAGGCUCAGGUCAAGGCCGACGCAGAGGCCGACGCAAGAAAGGUUGCCGCCACUGCAACCGACGCCGCACACAAGGUCCGCGAAGCCACCACAAAUGCUCCCGUACCAGAGCCCGAAGAUGGUGCUCUCGCCGGAUCGCCGCAGGAUCUGGAAGAGGAGGCUGGCCAGCAGGGUGCUUUUAACGAGGAGACCGGCGAGAUCAACUGGGACUGCCCAUGCCUCGGUGGCAUGGCACACGGACCCUGCGGCGAGCAGUUCAGAGAGGCUUUCAGCUGCUUCGUCUUCUCAAAGGAGGAGCCUAAGGGCAUGGACUGUAUUGACAAGUUCAAGUACAACUGCUUCCGCGAGCACCCUGAUGUCUACGGUGCAGAGCUCGAGGAUGAUGUCGAGGCUGAGGCAAGAGAGCAAGAUGCCCCUACUGGUCAAUCUAGCCAGCCUACUCAGCCCGAGGCCAACCCCGACGCUGAGAAGGUUGCCGACAGAGGAGCCGAUCACCCCGAAGCUAUUCAAGGAAAGAGAGAGCGUUCCAACGCCGCAACUGAGCAGGUCAAGCGCGACCACGACCUCAUGAGCGAGUCUGACAGCCUCGUUCCCAAGGCCGCACACGACGCUACUGGACAGGAAAGCAAGGGCGACAAAUAA